UUACCAAAGUACACCGGAAGCCACCCGGCUAGGCGGAGUCAGCACUCGAUAUCAAAACGGGGUAACUGCUGUGUGCACGGUGUUUACCUUCUCAACCUGCAACCGUGUCUAAACAAAAACACGUUACGGCUGAACAGGUGAGAAUAAAGAGGAGCCACAGGUUGUUGUGUAGCACGUGACACGCCGCUGGACGUCUUUGACACUUCUAACGGCUAACUUCCCUCACCUACACUGCGCUCGAGCGCCCAGGCGUGCGUACGAGUGUAAGCUUCCUCAGACUGUCCUGACCUCGAUUUACACGCAAAGGUGUUGCAUUGAAUUUCAUUAUUCUGAGAGGGGUUUCUAAUAUUCUACCUUAUAGUCCUUUCACCAUGGCCCUGGCUGGAGUGAGAGUUAUUGAGCUGGCGGGCCUGGCUCCAGCACCGUUCUGUGGCAUGAUCCUGGCAGACUUUGGAGCCAAGGUGAUCCGUGUGGACCGGACCAAGGUUGCCAUGUCUACGGACACACAAGCGCGGGGGAAACGAUCUGUGGCCAUCAACCUGAAGACAUCAGAGGGCGUAGCCUUGCUCAGGAAGCUCUGUGUCCAGUCUGAUGUGGUCCUUGAGCCCUACCGUAAAGGUGUGAUGGAGAAGCUGGGCCUCGGUCCACAGGAGCUGUUAAAGGAAAAUCCUCGUCUGAUCUACGCUCGGUUGACGGGGUACGGACAGAGUGGAUCUUAUGCCACCGCAGCUGGGCAUGACAUCAACUUCCUCGCCAUGUCGGGCCUUUUAUCCCGGCUGGGUCGUAGUGGAGAGAAGCCCUGCGCUCCACUGAAUCUGUUAGCAGACUUUGCAGGCGGUGGUCUUAUCUGUGCUCUUGGGAUAGUCCUAGCGCUGCUGGACAGGACCAAGUCAGGGAAAGGACAGAUCAUUGAUGCUAGCAUGGUAGAAGGAGCAGCAUAUGUAGGUUCAUUUGUAUGGAAGUCUCGUAGCAUUGGUAUGUGGGACCGUUCUAGAGGACAAAACAUGUUGGACAGUGGAGCGCCCUUCUACGAUACCUACCAGACUUCAGACGGAAAGUACAUGGCUGUGGGUGCCGUAGAACCACAGUUCUACAGACAGCUACUUAAGGGCUUGGAGUUGGACGCUGUAGAGUUACCUCCUCAGAUGAACUUCAGUGAUUGGCCAGAGCUAAGACGGAUCUUCACAGAGCGUUUUGCUUCAAAAAGCCAGGCGGAUUGGUCAAGAAUUUUUGAUGGGACUGAUGCCUGUGUUACACCUGUGUUGUCUUUUGACCAGGUGAGCUCACACCCACAUAACCAGGAAAGAGCUUCUUUCAUCAAGGACUCCAGGGGGGAAGAAAGCCCCCGGCCAGCCCCAGUUCUGUCUCGGACUCCUGCAGAGCCUUGCCUUGCCACAGACCCCAUUAUUGGAGAACACUCAGUCGAAGUGCUAGAGGAGUUCGGCUUUACAUCAGCAGAGAUAGACCAGAUGCAAGCAGCAGGGGUCGUAGAGUGUAAUGCUGUCAAAGCAAAGUUGUAGAAAACAAAAAGCUAAAUAAGAUACAGAACACGUUUCAAUGAUUUGCAGUAAGACCUGCCAUUCAAAUCAUGUCUAACACUAGGUAAGAUAAGAAUCAAAAUAGAAAGGGAAACUAGGAAAAGGAAAUAUGUAUUUUCUUUGCAUGCACUAGAAAUUCAAACUUAGAAACUAAGAAAAAAUCAAAUGUGGUGCGAAAGCAUGAAAUACUUCUCCAUCUCGCCUGAGGAACCUGAUGUACGCAUCCCACACACUUAAGUGUGAGUGUAGGCAAGCCAUGAUUGUGCAAGGUGAGAUGCAAUUCUGUGCACUCUCAGGGUACAUGGAUACAGUUUGGGUUAGUCAUUUGGUCAUGGUUGUCAAUUUGAAUAGCUGCCUCCUCUUUUUUAGUGCCACUGCUGCUCACUGAAAGUGUUAGUUUGAAAGACAAACAGUCUUAGGGAGAAGUCCUACUACCCUAGUUUCCAUGAGCCAAAAGAAGUUUGUGUACACAGAUUGAUAAAUCAGCAGCACAAAAUAUAUUAAGUCAAUACAGCCUUUAUUGUUUUACUCUCCUACCAGGGCUUCAAAGUUUGGCAUUGCUGAUGUCUAAUGUCCACUGGAUCUAACUGUGUUGUGCCUUGUGGCUCAGUGACGGCUCUGUCGUAGUUUUAAUGUCCACUGGAAAGGUUUCAGAAGCGGAGUGUCUGUGCUUUAGCAGCUACAUUUCUAAUAGUUUCUGUAGUUAAGAGUUCACACAGGUUCUACAAGCAUAAAUACACGUUUGCAGCUCAUUUAGAUUUGGUAACAGAUGCUUUAUGGCUGUACUUUAAUAUGACAACCUUUUGUUGCCUCUAACUUCCUCCAUGGUCACUUAUUUUAAAUGUCAAUAUACAUGAUCUCACAGCACAUUCAUUUGGUGUCUUAAUUAUAAAAUAAUGAUUUUCAUUCGCAGUGCAGCAGGUUGGUAAUGACUGCCUGGUUAACGGGGUGGUAUUUAUGUGCUGCUAUCAAAUUUCAUACUCAUUCCAUUAUCUGACAACAGAAACAGGAAAUUAUGUAAAUGAGAACAACUAAAUUGUGAAUUUAGCUGCAAUUAAAACACAGUACAAGUGAACACAGACAGCAGGACACAAGUCCAUCCUGUUUCCUCUCUCUCACUAAUUAUAAAACAUAAACACACAUAAUUAAAUAGUAUGUCUCAAGAAAAAGCCAGUAACAAAUGAAACACAUCAUUAAAUUCUUUAAUUUCAUUUUAAGUAAAUUGUCAAUAAAUACAGGCAUUUAUAUACAUUCACACGUGAAUUUCAUGCUUCAGAGACGUGAGUUGCUCCGGCAAAAAUAGACCCGACGCCUAAAGAUGGCUGAGCAGAGAAAAGAGCAGCGAGCGAGACGUUUACCGUCACAAAGGUGGUGGACAUCGCCACACCGGCUAGAAUGAAAGUGAAUUGUCUCUGGCAGCCGAUCCAGUGGACAUUACUUUGGUUUUGUGGUACAUGUUGAACAUACAAAGGUUGCGUAUGCUCACACAUACUGAAAGUGCUACACAAGGAAUUUAGAGAAUUGAAAAUAUAAAUCAUCACAUUACAGUCAUAAAAGUCAUAAGUUAAUAAAUAAGCUGAAAAUAAUUAAAAUACAAGAUAACAUACUAUAAGUAUUUUCUUUAAAAAAAAAAAAGAAAACUCCUUAGGGGAAAAACUAGAUUGUUGGGGAUUUUUUAUUUGUGUACUACAUUGUAAUUUAUGCAGUUGGUGUCACCUGUGCAGCAUUUAUUCCAUCACUUCACAGUAGCCUGGUGGUGCUGCAGAAGGUUUAAAUGAUUGGUUUGAUUUGAUUAAAUGCUCAGGCCCUCUGUGGCUAGAUGCCUACUGAUAAUUAAUUAACUUCAUUCAUGUAAAUCAUAUGCAGUAUGUGUGUAUUUUAAAGAUUUUUUUGGUGUUUGCAAAGUCGAUAAACACCUCCAGAAAUACUGAAUUAGCCAUCAUUACAGGAGAUACAUGUAAACCUGGCUGUAUAAAAAUUUUGUAAAAUAAAAUGACACAAUAAAAUGCAAAUAUGUGUAUGUUAUCCCACUAUAAACACAUGAUGUGAAGGAAAGAUGACUAGAAACAAGCCGCAGCGUGAUACAAACAGUGUAACAACUGACUUUGGACUGACUUUGUAGCUGAACAAUAAGCCUAUGGAUUUUAGGUAAUAGGAUACAGUGCAGAUUAUAGGUUUGUUCCAUUGUGCAUAUUGUCAUGAGCCAAUUUGUUUUAAGCUGUAUAAGGUCAGCAUCAAGAAUUUCAUGACUUAAAAGGAACUGGCUCAUCAGGAAACUCAAAAGUGGCUCUAAAAUAAAAAAAUUAGUUUUUUUUAUUGGCUGCUUUUGGCAUAACCGAUAAACAUAUAUGAGUAAAAGAGUGUACAUGUUACUUGCGUUUCAGUUUUGAAGCAGCAGAGAUCUGAGAUGUGCAAAGGUUUAAAAGGUCAGUUCAGUCAAAUCACAAAAAAAAAAACUUCUCCCACUGGCCCCUGGUGGUAUCAGAUAGUUUUAGUUUUCCAAGCCAGGGUUUUGAGAUAUCUGUCUCUGAGAUGAGGUGAGUGGAAUUUGUGGCGCUCAAAUCAGUGAAGAAAUAGCAUUUGAAAAACUCAGCAGCAACGUGUCUUUGUUUAAGGACAAAGUGGUUACUCUGGAUAAUACACAGAGUUCACUGUGAUUCUUUACAGCUAUUUUCAGCUGACAGCAUGGACGCCAUUAACGUACAAGGGAGCCCCCGGGGCAAAAUAUAGCAGCAGAGCCCCUAAUAACCCCCCCCCCCUUUCUGAGUGGAAAAUGUACAGUUUGUCUAUGAUAGAGAACUACCUGGCACCAGAGUUCCUGUGUAAUUGUUUUAAACACAAUUUAACGGGAAUAUGCAUCAUAUCGACACAACAACUGAAAUAAUUAAAGGUAUCCUAUGAAAUUAUACAGUAUUUACAUUCACUAUUUCUCACCAAAAGGUAUUUUGUGUCUCAGUGGGGCCUAAUAAACAUGAUGAUAGAAAAUGAAUUGGCAACUACUUUGAUAAUCAAAUAAUCAUUACAAUCAGUCAAAUAUUAACUGGUUCCAGCUUCUUAAAUAUGAUGAUUUGCAUUUGUCAUGUGUAAUGGUUUGUGAAAUACCCAAUAUUAGGGUUUUGGAUGGUUGGUCGGACAAAACAAGACAUUUAAGGACGUUACUUUGGGCUCUAAAAAGUUGCGAUGGGUGAUUUCACAGACUAAACGUCGAUUCUGAAUUUGGGGUCUCAAAGGGCUACUAAUAAAUAAAUUUGAUCAUUUUCUGUCUGUGCAAGUUGCCAUUAUUAAAGUUUUAUGUGCCAGUGCCUACUGGGAUGUGUAA